AUGCUUUUCACUCGCGUCAUUCCUUACUUUGCCCUGUUCCUGAGCUUUGGAACUCUCGCAAUUGCCAAGCCAAUAGCCGCGAUUGAGAAACGUGGGGACAUUUCCUCUGUCGAGAAUGUCUUCACGAUGCUCAAGUCCCAGACGGACUCCAUUCUACCUCAAUUCCAUUCUCUGGCUCUUGGUGGCAAUACGACGGAUACCUCCAUGGGUUCUGUCGCCGACGAACUCACUGCAGCUCUCAAUGAAGCCUACGGGUCCCUCGCUUCAAUCGGAUCGAUUUCUAGUGACCCAGGCAACAGUACUGCUAGUAUAGCUAACCUGUUUGCUGAGAUUAUACAGGAAAUCGUUGAAGAGUUUGGACUGCUUAACAGUGCGAACAACGUUACGGACAUCUCGGUCAUCAUCGAGGAAGUUGAUAUUGCUCUCGCUGAAGUAGUCGCUGGGCUUGAACUAGUUCUCGCAGGAGUCAUCACACUGCUUACCGCUCUACUCGGUAGUCUAAGUACCGGUGGUCUGGAUGUCGGCGGUUUAAGUGGUUCUUUGGAACAGCUUGGAUUUACUCAAACGUUGGGUAUCCUCAAAAUUUAA